AUGGCAUCGCCCCAAUCAACCCCAAGCGAGAAUGUCCAGCUUACGACGGUCCCGCUAAUAAUCAACGGCCAGGACGUCUAUACCCCUGAAGGAUUCGAUAUUGUUUCCCCCGGCACAGGCGAGAGAGUUUGGACCUGCUGCAGUGUCACCCGCAGGGCUACUGACAACGCCGUCGCCGCAGCCUCUCGAGCCUUCGCCACUUGGUCAGCCACCAAGCCUGCCUUCCGUCGAGCCAUCUUCCUGCGUGCCGCCGCCAUUCUCGAGCAACGUGCAACAGAAGGUCAGGAGUAUAUGGCAGAGGAGACGGGAGCCACGCAGCCCUUCCUGUUGGUCAACACGGAUAGCGCCACGGAGCUCCUGCGAGAUCUGGCCGGGCGCAUCAACCGGGCCCUAAGUGGCCAGGUUCCGGUCUGCGAGGAGCAGGACACGCACGCACUGGUCCUCCGCGAGCCAUACGGGGUGGUACUGGGAAUAGCGCCGUGGAACGCUCCCUUCAUUCUCGGUAUCCGAGCUGUCGCCUAUGCUCUGGCGGCUGGAAACACCUGCGUGCUGAAAGGUAGUGAAUUCUCACCACGGUGCUUUUGGCUUAUCGGAUCCAUUUUCCGUGAAGCUGGUUUGCCUGAUGGAUGUCUGAACGUCAUCUACCAUCGCCCCGAGGCUGCGGCGGAGAUCACUACCGCGCUAAUCGAACAUUCAGCCGUGCGAAAAGUAAACUUCACUGGCAGUACCGCCGUGGGCCGCAUUAUUUCCGCAAUGGCGGGCAGGAAUCUGAAGCCUGUGCUGAUGGAGCUGGGUGGCAAGUCCAGUGCAAUUGUCUGCGAAGAUGCUGACUUGGACCUGGCGGCGCAAGAGUGCGCAGUCGGGGCAUUUCUUCACUCCGGACAGAUCUGCAUGUCUACAGAACGGAUCCUCGUCUACCACACAGUGAUGCACCGGUUCACAGAGUCCCUAAAAGCUGCUAUAUCCACCUUCUUCGGCCCAGAAGGCAUGCCGCAGACAGUGGUUCAGCAGACUGCUGUGGCCAGAAACCGUCAUCUGAUUGAAGACGCCGUGUCCAAAGGCGCGACAAUCAUAUACGGCAAUCAUACUGAUGAUAAAGUCAGUACCCUCUCGCCUUUUCAGCUGCAUCCGACGGUGGUCCAGGCAGUGGCCCCGAAUAUGGACCUGUAUCAGAUGGAGAGCUUCGGCCCCACAGUCAGCCUGAUUGCAGUGGAGAGUGACGAGCAGGCAAUUGCCAUCAGCAAUGAUACUGAGUAUGGGCUGAGCGGAGCAGUGUUUACUCGGAAUCUGGCAAAAGGAUUAACACUGGCGAAGCGGAUCCAAACGGGGGCGGUGCAUAUCAACAGCAUGAGCGUGCAUGACGAGGCUGGACUUCCCCACGGUGGGUUUAAGGGCAGCGGAUGGGGUCGGUUUAAUGCCGAUGCGGGUCUUGAAGAGUUUCUACAGAUAAAAACGAUCACAUUCAAGCAGUAG